UGCAGGAGGAGGACCGAGUUCAACAGGUUCAUGUGGGCGACACGGCCAAAGCUGGGGAGAGGACAUAUGGAAGCCCCUGCUGCGGUGAGGGGCUUUGUCUGCUCAGCUCUGGACCUCAGUGUCGUCGCCUGGAAAAUGGGGCUAACAGUGGGGCAGAGGCGGAGAAACGCUGAUCCCAUGAAGACACUCUAGUGGGUCUCCAGUGCCACCCCAGCCAGGCCACAUCGGGACGUGCAGGCAGACGUGAGCUGUGGGGUGGCUCUGAGCAAGUCCUCCCCGUCUCUGUGCCUCAGUUUCCCUAUGGGAAAAAAUAACUCCCUUCUGGCGAUCCUUCCUUGAGCUCUCUGGGGGUUUCCUGUUAGAAACCAGGAAAGCAAGGCACAGACAGCAUAGACAUGGCCCCGACCCACUGUUCUUCCCCAGGGGCAUUUUCCCACCAGUAUCAGCUCUGACUUCCGUCUGGGUUUCCCUCCCCUCCAAGCCACAGGCACAAGCCCACCCUGGGGUCGGGGGGGUGGGGCACUGGGAGAAGGGAAUCUGCAGCCCCAUUCUUCCCGAUCACCCCUCUCUUACUUCAGUAUUAGGGGGAGCUGAACAAGCCCCCUUAGGAUGAAAGAAAAACCGUGUUUGCUCUGGAAUUGGCCAGCACACCUCUUUGCUUCCCUUACCCCAAACCUCUUAGUGUCCUCGCCCCCAGACAGCUUCAGCGCCAACAGGCAGCCUGGCCAGGCGAGACCCCUCUCAUUUCUGUCCCCCCUCCUUGACUCCACCCCCAGAAGCCACAAAGGGACAGAUGCUGAGGACGCGCCGGGCACUGAUACCAUCUCCCUUCCCAAGGCCAGCUGCCCCAGCCCCCUUCCCCCAUGCUGCAAUUAGUCCCCUGGGCGGGGCGGGAUUGCAGAGAAGAGUCCUCUUGGGAAGGGGACGCCAGACCUCCCUCCCUCCCGUUGCCUCCCCGCUUCCUUCAGCUGCAUCAACAUCAAUUUUAGCCAGUGACCUCUGGAACGAUCUGCUGGUCAGUUGCGCCGCCAGAGACUGGUUCAAUUUCAACCCUCAACAGUGGUCGCUCUCACCCCAUCUGCUGGUGGCUGGGGCCGGAUCGAGGCGGCCGGGCCGGGGGCCGCGGGACCCGGGUUCCCCCCGGAGCGGAGAGGAGCGCAACAAAGGAGGCGCCGCGCGGAGGUCACCGUCCCCGCGGCCCAACUUUGCGCGCGGCGCCCGCGCCCCGGGGGAGCCGGCCCGCUGCGCUGAGGACCCAGGCGUCCGGGCUGAGCCGGGGUUGGGGGCCCCCGCGGGCGGCGCUUUCCCCGACUCCCGGCCGCAGAAGGGAAUCCCGGAGCUUCCCGGAGGCGGCGGGCGGCAGAGCCGCGCACGGGGACCGCGCUUCCCGCGGAAACUCCGCGCGCUUCCGCGGAUGCCCCUCGCCCUGGCCCGGCCACCCGGCGCUCGGGGUUCAGGGCCCUGCGGGGCGCCCCCUUCCCCCGCCGUCCUUGAGGAGCCGGGCUAAGGUGGACUUUUGCUCUCCUUCCUCCUCUUCCUCCCUCCGUCUCCUUCUUCUCUCCUCUUCUCACUGCCUUCUGAGCCCAGCCAAGGGACACACCUGAUCUUUCUCCUCUCCCUUCCUCCUCUCUCUCCUCCUCCCCCUCCCUCCUGCCCCCCCCUCCUUCUCCCUGGGGACUCUGCGGAGAAAGGGGCCCGGGAAGGGGGCAUGUGGGUCCCCCUCUGACAGUGGCCAGGUUUGGCACGACACACGCACAGAUGGCCAAGUGGCUGCGGGACUACCUGAGCUUUGGCGGUCGGAGGCCCCCUCCGCCGCCGCCCACCCCCGACUACACGGAGAGCGACAUCCUGAGGGCCUACCGCGAGCAGAAGAAUCUGGACUUCGAGGACCCCUAUGAGGACUCAGACAGCCGCCUGGAGCCCGACCCCGCCGGCCCCGGGGACUCCAAGGGCCUCGGAGGCGCCAAGUAUGACUCUCCCAAGCACCGGCUUAUCAAGGUGGAGGCAGCGGCCAUGGCCAGAGCCAAGGUCUUGCUGGGCAGCCCCGGGGAAGAGUUGGAACUCGACACGGAGUAUUCCGACCCCUUUGAUGCCCAGCCUCACCCACCACCUUCAGAUGAUGGUUACAUGGAGCCCUAUGAUGCCCAGCGAGCUGUGAGCGAACUGCCAUGCAAGGGGGUGCAGCUGUAUGACACUCCCUAUGAGGAGCAGGACCAAGAGCCAGGAGAUGGGGCCCCUUCUGGGAGGAGACCUCGCCAGAGCCGGCUGCCUCAGGAAGAUGAGCGGCCUGCGGAUGAGUAUGACCAGCCCUGGGAGUGGAAGAAAGACCACAUCUCCAAGGCGUUUGCAGUGCAGUUUGACAGUCCUGAGUGGGAAAGGACCCCAGGCUCAGCCAAAGAGCUCCGGAGACCCCCAUCCAGAAGCCCCCAGCCCGCAGAGCGCGUGGACCCGGCCCUGCCCCUGGAGAAACAGCCGUGGUUUCAUGGCCCACUGAGCCGGGCAGAUGCCGAGAACCUCCUGUCUCUCUGCAAGGCAGGCAGCUACCUCGUGCGGCUCAGCGAGACCAGUCCCCAAGACUGCUCCCUAUCCCUCAGGAGCAGCCAGAGCUUCCUGCACCUGAAGUUCGCACGGACCCGAGAGAACCAGUUCGUGCUGGGUCAGCACAGCGGCCCCUUCGCCAGCGUGCCAAAGCUGGUCCUCCAUUACAGCUCCCGGCCGCUGCCUGUGCAGGGCGCUGAGCAUCUGGCCCUGCUGUACCCGGUGGUCAUGCAGACCCCCUGACCCCAGCACCUUCAGCCCCUGCCCUGCACCGGGUGGGCCCAGAAUCACUGGCUGCAAACGCUCCAAGUCUUUCCAGAGACUCGCCACCCCUCCAGGUCCUUGGUCUUCAUCAGAGCUACCUUCUUGGCCCUCUCUUGGGUGCUAGGGACCAGAAUUGUGUCUCCAAGCACUCCCCUGGCCUGGAAAAUAAAUAAGUUAUUGUGUAUUUCAAGUGUCCUUUCUGGGAGGCGGGGAUCCCAACUCCAGGGAAAGGAGAG